AUGGAUGAAAUAUAAUAAGAUAUUGAAUUGCCAGAAGAAUAGGUAUCUAUCCAAUUCUCUGUAAUUAAUGAAUAAAUUAGAGAAAUACAAUAUAUUAAAGAUGGAGCUAUUUUGAGAUUAGAGGUAUUAUUUAUAAAGAUUUAAAGAAAAUAGAAGUUGAUUAAAAAGCAGAAAUAAUCAUAAACUUAUAGUAAAUAAAAUUCUUAAAAUGGGAAGGAUAGAGAGGAAAUAAUAAUAAAAAAUAUGGAAAAUGGAUUCCAUAUUGGAAAAUGAGUGGAUUACCAUUAGGAGGAAUAUAUGAUUAUUUAGGAUUAAAAUAAGGAAUUUGGAGAGAAUUAGAUGAAAAUUUUGGGGAGUACAAUUAUAUUUCAUUGCUUUUAGUUAUUCUUAAAUAUCACAAUAUGGAUGUUAUAGGAAUUCAAUAAAGGUUGGAAAAUGGAAAAUAAUAUUUAAAAAUGAAAUAAUGUAAGUUGGUUGAGGAUAAAAUUUUAGAGGAGGAGGUUACUAUAAUUAAAUUGGAUAAAAAAUAGGAAAAUGGGUGGAAAUACAUUAAAAUUACUUUUCUAAAAAUAGAUCAUUAUGUGAUAUAAAACAUAUUGGUGAAUACUAAAAAGGAAUAAAAAUAGGAUGUUGGUUAAAUUCUUCUAAAAAUUAACAAAUGUAUAGUUCUAUAAAUAAAUUUAAGUGGAGGUGGUUUAUAUAAUUUAAUGGGAUAUAAGAAUGGUAAAUGGUUUGAAUAAAGUCAUAAUUUUGAAAAGUAUAAAUUGAAUCAUCUUACUUUUAGAGAUACUUAAAUUAUUUGGAAUGGAAUUUAUGAAAAUGGAAAGAAAACAGGUUUAUGGAAUAAUUUUUUUAGAAAUUAUUUAUUUAAUAAGCUUGAAUAAAUGUAAAGAUUUAUUAAUUUUAAAUUAAAAGUGGAGGUGGAGAAUAUGAUAAUAAUGGAAUAAAAAAUGGUUAAUGGAGUGAUAUAACAAAUUAUUGUUCAUUUAUUUACAAUGGAGUGUAUAAAAAUUGUUAAAAAUAUGGUCACUGGGAUAUAAUGUAUAAAAAAUAAGGCAGAGAUAAAUAUGUAUAAGUGUAAAUAUUUAAAAAAUUAAUUUAAAAAUAGAGGCGGUGGAUCAUUUAAUAAUAAUGGAAUAAAAGAUGGUAUAUGGAUUGAAUUAAGUGAAUAAUAUUUUAAGUAAGGAUAAUAUAAUAUAAUAUUAUUAAAAAGUGGAUCUUUGAUUACCUAUAAAGGUGAAUAUUUAAAUGGAAACAAAAGAAAUAGAUGGAAUAUUUUAUUUAAACAUGAGUGGCGUGAUUAUUUUGAUUAAAUGUAAAGAAAUAAUUAAAUAAUUUAGUGGUGGAGGAUCUUAUGACAUUAAAGGAUUAAAAUAAGGAUAAUGGAUUGAUUUAGAUAAAGAUUCUAAAAGUUUUUCUAGUUUAAUUACCUAUAAUGGUGAAUAUUUAGAUGGUAUCAAAUAAGGAUUUUGGAAAAUUAUGUGUUGGUUUUUUAAUUAGAAUGCAAAUUUUGAAUAAAAGUAUUAUUUCAAUUUAAAUUAUUAAAUUAUAAGAGGUGGUGGAGCAUUUAAUUAAUAAGGAAUUAAAGAUGGUAAAUGGAUUGAACUUGUUUCAAAUUUCUCUGAAAUAAAUUAAAUUACUUAUAUUGGUGAUUAUAUACAUGGAAAAAAAUGUGGUAAAUGGGAUAUUUAAAUAAUUGAUCCAAAAUCUAAAAAAUUAAAAAAAAUGUAAAAAUUAAAUAUUAAUAUAAUAUUAUAAGUGGUGGUGGAUGGUUUGAUGUUAAUGGAAUCAAAUAUGGUAUAUGGGAGGAUUUAACUGAAUAAGCUACUUUGUAGAUAUCUAAUUAUAUUUAUAAUAGAUAUAGUUAAGUCACAUUUAAAGGAGAAUAUAUAAAUGGAAAAAAAUAAGGAAAUUGGACAAUUCAUUUUAGAGAUGAAAAAUUUAAUUAUUUUUAAAUGUAACAUUAUUAAAUAAUUAAAUAUAGUGGUGGAGGAUCUUAUGAUUAAAAUGGAAUGAAAUAUGGAUUAUGGAUUGAUUUAAAUGAUGAUUUUCAUAAGUAUUUAUAAUCAUUUUUACCUCAAUUUUAGUACAGGCUUAAAUAUAUUUAAGGGAAUAUAUUAAAAAGGUUAAAAAUUUGGCAUUUGGGAGAAAAGAAAAAUAGAUUAUAAAGAGUAAAAAUUAUUAUUAAUUACAGAGGAGAAAUCAUUUAUGAUUAAAAUGGAAUUAAAUUAUUUGAAACAUGA